AUGACACGUGUCACCGAGACUACCAGUGAAAUCAAACUCACCGAGAAGGACAUUGCCAAUGCUCUUGAGCACAUCCGAAUUCUUAUCAAAGCCAAAAUGAAGAAAGAAAAGGACCGUCGUGCCCUACUCAAGCUGCAGUCCAGCCUCGCGGCUGUCGGAUGCAUGGAAGAUGAUUUCAAAAACAAACAAGCUUCCCAUCAGCGCCUCCGGGUCGAGUUCUACCAGCGCAUUCGUAACAUCGUCACUGAAGACGUCAUUCUCAGCGACUUAGAAAACGCCGCGGAAGCAAUGCACACGGAGCUUACCAAUAAAUUAUCAGACUUCACUGCCAUCCACAAUGACCUGCAAUUUAUCCUUGUCACUCUUUUGCAAUGCAGAAAAUAA